AUGUCCAAGAAGGGCAAGGAUUUAAUAGAGAAAGUUGUCAUCCUGCGCAAAGCUGUACAGCUCACCCAGGCUGUGGACUCUAAUGCUGUGGGGGCCCUUUUGGCUGAGAAGAUGAGCCAGUACGCCAACCUCCUGGCUGCCCAAGGCAGCAUUGCUGCAGCUUUGACCUUCCUUCCUGCAAACACCAACCAGCCAAACAUCAUGCUGUUACGGGACAGGCUUUGCAGAGCUCAAGGGGAGCUCCCAGUGGGACAGGAGACCCUCAAGGCACCGUAUGAGAGACAGCCCAUGCCCAAAGGACGAGCUGGCCCUGUGGCUGGACAGAUGCAAGGGCCCCAGGCUCCAACCCAGCAGUAUUACCAACAGGUUAGAAUUGCCCCUACUGUCACUACCUGGAGUAACAAAACUCCUACUGCCCUUCCCAGCCAUCCUCCUGCAGGCUGUCCCUCUGACACACAGGGAGACAACCCACCUCCUCCAGGGUUUAUUAUGCCAGGUGCUGUUAACCCCAACAUGCCACCACAGCAAGCCACAUCCUCUAAUUACAGCAUGUACUCACAAGCAGGGACCCGGCCAACGUACCCGCAAACGUAUCAGGCCACACAGCAGUACUCUUGUGGAACAGGGGGACCAGCUCUCUAUCAGCCUCAGCAGCCUCUCGCUGUCUCUGCUUCGGCCUCUUACCUGAACCCUGCCCCUAACACCACCCCUCCCUACCUGCCCUCUGCCCCAGCCCACUCCCUACCCACCCCGCUCUACCCUGGGCAGCCUCAACCCUCCCCAACGAGCCUGAAUCCCGUCUCUUCCUUCCCUCUUCCUGCUUCUGGCACGUCCUUUCAGCAUGGCAGGCCAGGACCUCCAACAACUUCUGUGGCUUAUGCAUUACCUACGGGACCAACAGGUACUCUGCCUGCAACCAGUGACCUUCCUGCAUCCCAGAGAACAGGGCCUCAGAACGGCUGGAACGAUCCUCCUGCCCUGAACAGAGCUGCCAAGAAGAAGAAGGUCCCUGAUAACUUCCUGCCUCCAGUUCCCAUCACCUCGCCCAUCAUGAACCCGCUGGCGGAUCCACAGUCUCAAAUGCAGCAGCCUCCAGCUCCAGCACCACCCACGGGUGCACCCAGCUUCCAGCCUCCGCACCUCCCUGCCGGGCAGCCGGUGCUGCAGGGUGGCUACCCCUCUGCUCCCCAGCCCCUGGGGCCGUGCAUCAUGCCACCCACUGUUUCCAAACCCAGCAUGGAGGGAGCCCCUGGAGCCCCAAUCGGCAAUGCCAUCCAGCAUGUUCAGGCACUGCCAACAGAGAAGAUUACCAAGAAGCCCAUCCCUGAGGAGCACCUUAUCCUGAAGACAACAUUUGAAGCUCUUAUCCAGAGGUGCCUGCUGUCUGCCUCCGAUCCGCAAACCAAGAGGAAACUAGAUGAUGCAAAUAAACGCCUGGAGUUUCUAUAUGACAAACUUAGGGAACAGACACUCUCUCCAACCAUCAUUAGCGGUUUGCACAACAUUGUGAAGAGCAUCGAAACCCGCAACUACCAGGAAGGACUGAACAUUCACACACACAUAGUCAGCACCAGCAACUUCAGCGAGACCUCUGCUUUCAUGCCUGUUCUGAAAGUUGUCCUCACCCAGGCCAAUAAGCUGGGUGUCUGAAGUUAACCCUGCGUUUGCAAAGCCUGGAUGGUUGCUUUUCCAAAGAAGUGCAUUUCUACAGCAAACAUGCAGGAAAUGGACCAACUGCUGGUCCUUACGGCAUGUCACGGUAGAGUGCUGACAAAUGGCAUUAUGCUCUCCCUGCAAAAUACUUUGUUCUAGGAGGGCCAUGGAGCCCUGGUGCUUUUCUUUUUAUUUUAAUCCUUUUCCCAUCCCUAAUGAUUCUUGUCUACAAAUAGUAUAUUUAAUGGAUGAAGCCCCAUAUUGUCAAUUUUUAGAUGCAUGUUAAACUGCUAAACAGUGGCUUUUAAUAAGAUAUAUGUGUUAAAACAACAAGAUAGGUUGUGUAUCAGACCCUAAAACAGAUUAUUUCCUUCCACCCCACUGUUCCUUAUCCACCAGAUUAAAGAGUCUGAUCGUAUUAUAAGUGUACUUGGUCUUUCAUUUUUAUGAAGCUGCUUGUUAUUACAAAUUACAUGUUCAAUAGCUUAAUUUUGCACUGGGGCAAAUGAGCAAAAUAAAGGCUAAUGUGAUAUUUUCAAUAAAUGUUAAUUUAUUAAAA